AUGGCGCUCGUCAAACGGAAUGACAAACCUCAAACGUUUUCGUGGAAUGUACGAGAUUCAAGAAAAACUCAACACAAACUUCCUGUAAUUGAAAAACCACCAGUUAUAGACUAUGACAAACUACAGGAAUUAUGCAGCAUCAAUGGAAUGAAGAACAGAGACAACAAUGAGACGUCAGAGGAAGCACAUCAAUUAUUCAUGGCCAACUACCACAAGAUGUUUGUCAAACCUCCCAAGAAGUUAGGCUUUCCAAUCCACGCUGAGAAAAGAAGUGCCAAUCGGGGUUCAACGUUGAGUGUGAGUCAUAAAGCUACAAGAAGUGAAUCACAUGAGAAGAAACCUGUUAAGAAGGAAGUAAAGACCCGCGCUGUGUCUCACAAUGUCAGUGAUUAUCUCCCCAUGUUCCACAAGGAGCGUAAGAGCGAGGACCCGUACGCUAUCAGAGUAGCAAACAUCAAGACCCUGCGGAGGAUUCUCAGGAAACUUCCCUUUGAGAGGACAGCAGCAGACAAUGACAGGGUGUUUUCUAUUCUGCGAACAUUUCCGUUCUUCGCCCAGUGCGUGCCCUUGAAUGUUCUGAAGGAGUUAUGUGUGGUCGCCCAGCUCGAGGUGUGGAAGGAGGAAAACUUCACAAUAUUCGGCAACUCCGGUCUGCACAUGGUGUUGAAGGGUUCUGUCCUGCCUUUGACGUCGCCUUAUCUUAACAUCCACUUCUCCCAGAUGGAGUUCCGCUCACCCACGCCAAUAGAAGAAGAGGUUGAUGAGAAGCUUGAAGUAGGUGAAUGUUUUGGCACCUUGGUGAAGAUUGAGGACAGAUCGGCCAACACCAAAGUGCUGAGUGUCAAUACAGAUGAAACCCCAGUUGAAUUAUUAAAGAUAUCUGUCUCUGACUACAACAGGGUCAUAGAGCAAAUCCGUCAGCGAGAGCACACGGAGAAACUGAAUGUCCUUCUGUCAGGGGAGCAGUAUGGGGUGUGGCCCCGCCAGCCUCUCAUACAAGUAGCUAACCUCAUCGAGUGGAUGACUUACCCGCCAAACACAGUGGUUGUGUCGGAGGGUUACAAGUCUCCAUUCAUCGGCUUUAUCAAAAGUGGGGAGUGCCAUGUGCUGCGACAGGUCGACGUCCUACAGACUCUCCGCAACCAUCAUGGACAGAAGGAACGGAAAACAAAACAGGUGGUCAUGGGAAGACUGAAGCCUUCGGAUUCAUUUGCUGAACUGAGCGUGCUUCUGGAUGAGCCAAUCACAUGCUCCAUUGUCACGGCAACAGAUAUUGAACUGGGCAUCAUCAAACCAGAGCGGAUAGCAGAACUUGAUGAAGUUACAGUACAGCUGUUCAAGCAGUCCAAUACAAGGACGUUUGGGGAUUUAACCAAGGGUGACAUUGAGGAGGAAUACAUUCAGCAGGAACUGAAGCGAGAGUGGAACGAGUUUAAACACAGCGUCGUCGUUGAUGUCAUCAACUCACGUGGCAUUAGACCAGGAUAUGGUCGCUGGACAAAAUGAAAGGCUCAAGUCUUGAGAUGAUAAGACAAACUAUAUGAAAUGUGAUACAAAUUGCUGCUAAUCUCAGAAAUAUCAGCUCUUUCACUGGAUAUUAGAAAGCUGACACCACAUCCUGUUGAAAGAAGGGCUCUGUGAAAUAUUGCACUGUGAUACAAAAUGAAAAAGUGUUGCACUGCUGUCUGUCAGAAGACCCAGGAAUAUAGUUUGUGGAAGCACAUUCUGGAAGAAGUAGCAAAAACAUAACUAUCUCAUUGUGAUAUCAUUGACAGUAGUCAUGGCCAGUUCAAAGAACACAAUUUUCGCAAAAGUUAAAUAUUUUACUCCAAUAUGUAACACUUUAGUCAGGUAGCCUAGUGGUUAAAGUGUCCACUUGUCACACCAAGACCCUGGUUUGAUUCCCCAGAUGGGUGCAAGGUGUGAAGCCCAUUUCUGGUGUCAUCCAUCAUGAAAUUGCUGGAAUAUUGCAAAGUGACGUAAAACUUACAAACCAACUUGUUAUCUGUGUCUCAACACGUUUCAAAC